AUGACCGAUAUCCUAGAACGUUUAGCAGACCGACAGGGUCCAGGGCCACCUAACCAACCCGGGGCCCAGGAUAGAGGUGACGAUAGAGCCUUAGAGAUGUUUUUGAAGUUCACUCCGCCUAAGUUUAUUGGAGGACCUAAUCCGGAGUUAGCGGAGAACUGGCGGGAGAGGAUGGCCAAUAUCUUCGCCGCCUUAGAUUGUACAGAAGAGAGGCGUGUAAAUUUUGCUACUUUUCAGUUUGAGAGAGUGGCGCGUGCCUGGUGGGACGUGAUAAGGGAAAAGUGGGAGAGAGCGCAGACCCCUUGGACUUGGAAAAACUUUACUCGAGAGUUUAAUGAGAAGUUUCUUCCACCGUUGAUCCAAGAGAAGCGGGAGAAUGAAUUUAUUAAGUUGAGACAGGGAACUCUUAGCGUGGCUGAGUAUGAAGGAAAAUUUACUAAAUUUUCUAAGUACGCUCUAGAAUUGAUGGUUAAUGAGCAUAAAAGAAUUAGACGUUUUGUGCAAGGGUUUAAUGUGGAGAUUCAUGAGCGGUUGGAAGCAGUCCAAAUCUCUACGUUCACUGAAGCUUUGGAGAAAGCGCAAAGGGUUGAAAAUGCAAGGUUGCAAGUUAGGAAUUUUCAUACUAAGAAAAGGAACUUUCCUAGUUACUCCUCUGAACAAACUAGUAAAAGUGCUCCACCUUCUAAGAUAGGAAGAGGAACGGGAGGAGUAAGGACUGCUAGAGCUCCAAGAGGGGCUUUAUCAAGAGGAGGUCGUAGUGGACAACGUCAAUCGAGAGGAAUACCUUCUAGUGGUUCGACCGUAAUUCCUAAAGUUAGUUGUGGCUAUUGUGGCAAGCCAAAUCACUCGGAGAAUGAUUGUUGGAGAAAAUCGGGAAAGUAA